GCAUGGUUCUCAGAAGAUACCCCUGCCCUCAGUCGUCGGGGAAAGCAGACCCAGCUUUGCUACCAACACUGGCCUUGUCUGCUGUAAAGCUCCCACCAGUGCUAGCACCGUCCUGCUGGGGCCAGCACUACGUCUGUGACUGUCAAUGGAACUCACUGGAGCAGGGUUAAAGCAGGGCUUGGGCCUGUCCACCGUGCAAGACCCAGCUGUGUUGAGACACUUCUUUGUUCUAACUAGGUCCCCUACCAUGAAGCUGUUCCAAUGUAAAUGGGACCUAUGUAGUCUUCCAGUUACAGAGAUCCUUCGGGCCGGGAAGAAGCGGAGACUUGUGUACGACAGGUGCCACAGAUAACUAGGCAAAGUGGAAGCGAAGUGUCCUGUAGGAUAAUCCCAAGUGUGAGAAGGGUUCAGAGGCAGCCUCACCCCAGUCACAGCAAGGGCAGUGUGAGCUGUCGCGCUCGGGUCAGUGAGAGAGACAUGAAGUGAGCAAGGGGGAUGAUACAAUGCACUCAAUAAAUGCACCAGGGAGAAGGCUGGACAGAUACGGUGGGAAGAGAACAGGGAGAUGGAAAUAACUGAACAGGGGCCAGACCUGUAAUCAUCACUGUUAGCGAUUUGCACCCGAGUGGCACCUAAAGGCCCCAGCCACGUUGUGCUAGGUGCUGUACAGACAUAGAGCAAAGAGACGAGCCCUGAUCUCCUGCUCCCAGGCUGCGUCUACACUAUAGCUAUGCACCAUGCCAGCAUAGCCCGCUCGCGUAGGUGCAGCCUAUGCCAACUGGAGCGUUUCUGAGACCGCUUCCCAGAAGGGCUUUAGCUAUGCGGAGGGCAGCCCUCUUCUGUUGACCGAGCUACAUCGACACUGGGGUUGUGUUGGCAUAGCGACGUCAGCCAGGCGUGGCUUUUUCACAACUGUGACCGAGGUAGCUAUGCCGACAGAACUUUCAAGUGUAGACCAGGCCUAAAUAUAUGCAAAAGACAACAGGUGACGGCAGCGAACAGGCAGGAGGAGCACAAGAUAACAAUGAGAUGAUGCUCUGGUACUGGGCCGAUGCUGGCUCCAGGCGGUGCCUCUGGCCAGGCAAGGGGGAGCUGGGCUGAUCCGUGUUCCUGGCAUUGGCCCUUCCGGCAGCGUGGGGCUGAUGACAAGGCAGGAAGGAACUGAUUCUGCUGGAGAAAGGUGAUUGUUGAGCACUGGACUCUGUUUCAUCUGUGGUAUAAACAAACCAGUCUGGGCUGUAGCCCCAGGUGGAUUUCCCUUUCCACUUUCCUUCAAGUCACCCUUCCUUUUGGCGCCAUCGCUUCCGGCAAUCACGCUUCUCGGAAGCUGGGGGCUGCAGUCACUCACCGCCGGCUGGAGUCGCACCACGUAUCGACCUGCUGCAACAGCGUGCCCACUCGGUAGGUGUUGCCAGUGGCCUGCUGAGUCCAGGACAGUGUAUGAGCAGGAGCCAAUCCCUAAAAAGUGUGAGCUGAGUGCACCUUCCCCACGGCCACUGAGGACUGGCUCCUUGCGGAUACGGAAGCUGGUGCCAGAGAGCCCCUCUUGCUGUCCUGUCUGGAUACAGGUUCCGGCUUCUGGGUGAAGAACCGCGUCGGUGUCCUGUGGCCCACUCGAAGGACUGGCUUUAGAACAGUGUGGAUUUGGGGUUCGGGGCUUUCGCGCUAUGGUUCCCCUGAGGGGCCUCCCAUUGCAGGUCGCUGUGCCCUGUUCCUGAGAGCCGAGGUGCAAGUGCACGAGACCAUGAGGCCUGUGUCUCCUGCAAGUAGCACAUCCCCCCUGCGGCUGCUGAACCGGGGCCCGGAGUAUCUCCGCCGGCAGAUGGAGGUGGGGAGCGGGGGCCGCACCCCGAGUGCCGUGGAGAGGCUGGAAGCCGACAAAGCCAAGUACGUCAAAACCCAGCAAGUGAUCAACAGCCGGCAGGAGCCGGUGCUGCGUAGCUGCCCCCCGUGGCCUUCCCCUCGCAGCAGGAGGCGCCUGACUCUCCACCAGUGUCACGAGAUCUGUCAGAGCUCAGAGCUGGGCCGAGACAGCCCCAAGCAGAACGGCCCCAGGAAGCUGCUGCCUUCCCCCCAGUCCCCCGUGGCGCGCAGGGGCAGCAGCAAACGCCUGCUGAGGCCCGACUCCCUCAUCAUCUACCGGCAGAAACGGGACUGCACGGCCAUCAACAAGGAGAAUGCCAAGGGCUCCGGCCUGGUCAGGCGGCUCUUCCAGGGGCCUCUGAGAGACAAACUCCCCAGCUCCCCCUCCUCCAGGGGCCUGGGCGACAGGCGGCAGGGGCCGGAGAGAGACGAGACCCCCAUGGUGUGGGUGCCGGUGGAGAAGGAGGCUGCUAGAACGCAGAGCCCAGGGGGCGGCAUCUUCAGCCCGAACGCGAGCCCUGUGGCGCAGCCUCCACACAGCAGCCAGUCGGGGCCAGGCCCGAAGGAGGCCAAGAGGGAGCUGGCCCGAGGCUGCUCCCUGCCCCUCUCAGAGAAGGAGAGGUUUUUCAACUACUGCGGCUUGGACCGGGACCUGGUGGAGGUGCUGGGCAGGGAGAGGUUCGGGCCUGCUGGCUGGGACGCGGCCUCCUCCUUGCUCCUGGGGAGCGCGGGCUCGGCCGGCUCGGAGCGCAGCGAGCCGGCCCACUCCAGCGGCUGUGAAGCGGGGCCUGACGCAGAGGAGCUGGGUGCACGGCGCUGCUCGACCGUCUCCAUUAUCGAGCGCAACGCCCGGGUGAUCAAGUGGCUCUACGGCUGCCAGAGAGCCUGGGCGAUGUCCAGGGAGUCCACGGUCUGAGGGAAGGGUCCUUUAGAGACCCCGUCCCGUCUCAAGGGCUGGGGGCAGGCGAUCUCCACUCCACCUCAGGACACGUCCCGGCACUGGUCACGCCCUCCAGUCCUGCCUCCAGCGAAGGCAAUGGCAACCCCCCUGUUGCUCUCAGCGUGGGCAGGAGGCAGCCUGGGGCAUGAACCAGGCAGAUCGUUCGGCUCUUGACUGAACCAGACGCUUGUGGGGGUGAAGAUGCCCGGAGCUGGCACUUCCCAUGCUCCUGCCCUGUGUGUGCAGCUACCCACAAGCGCUUUUCUGCACUGGGGCUGCCAACUGGGGACUGUCAUGUAAAUGGGGGGGCCCAGGUGCUUCCAGCAAUGCAUGGCCUAAUCCUGCUGAGCGGUGGAGGGGGUGCGGGUGACAUUCACCUCUCAGGGCCAGUGUGCUCAACAGAGACUUUCCUCUUCUGAAUGAUAUUUUAAAAUGUGCCCAGGGAAGGAAUUGUGCUGGGGGAGGGGGCUUGGAGCAGCUCCCCCUCGGGACUGGUGCUGGCACCUGAGCGUGGGAGCAAUGGGACUGGAAGGGGAGACAAACUGGCCACUCCCUGCGUCCCCCUUGACUGGCCCUUUAACCCUUCCUCUGCUGCUAGGCUCUCGGGCUGGCCCCUUCACCGAUGCAGCCAGCUCUGCAGAAGAUGAGAUCGUAAGGGCAGAAAUGGACCCUCUGGCUGUGUGGGCUCCUCCCUUGCUGAGCAAUCCAGGAAUGGCCGGAGGCGCUGGCGUGACACUAGCAGCCUGGGGUGUGUUUAGGUGUAUGGCUGCACCGUGAGAACGGGAUCCAGCGGUGUGGGCAGCCGUGGGACCUGGCUGUGCCAGCCCCGGGAGCCUCCCACGCUGCCAAACUUUCUUUUCUUUUUUUUCAAGAGAAAUUGUUUCAUUUUGGCUGGAUCUGAAAAGAUCUGAAUAAAGCCGGCUGUGUUUUCAA